GCAGUAGCUUCAAGAUGGCUUCCGACAAGAAGAGUGAAGUUGGGGAGCUCAGGUCUCUGUUGCGAAGUAUUGAAAUCCAAAGAGAUCCCGCUCAGUAUCAACAAGUGGUUCAAAAGGUCAUAGCAUACAUGACAUUAGGAGUUGACGUAUCUCCGCUCUUCAGCGAAAUGAUAAUGGCUGGGGCUACUCAGAAUAUAGUACAGAAGAAGAUGGUUUAUUUAUAUCUGAGUACAUACGCAGAACGUAAUUCAGAGUUGGCCCUCCUAACUAUUAAUACAUUACGUAAAGACGCUAGUGACAGGAACCCCACUAUAAGGGGGCUCGCUCUACGGAGCAUGUCAUCAUUAAGAUUGCCGAAUGUCAUUGAGUAUAUCGAGUCUCCACUUCAAUCUGGACUGACUGAUAAGAGUCCUUAUGUUAGGCGAACUGCAGUGAUGGGUGUGGUCAAAUUAUAUUACAUAGCACCUGACAUUGUUUCGGAUAUGAAGUGGUCUAGUGUGCUGUAUGAUAUGCUGAGAGAUGAUGAUCCUCUUGUUGUGUGUAACUGCCUUUCAGCCCUUGAAGAGAUACUGGCUAAUGAUGGAGGGAUUGUUAUUAGCAAGAAAUUAGCUCAUUACUUAAUUAACAGGAUAAGGGAUUUCAGUGAAUGGGGACAAUGUCAAGUCCUUCAACUUUUAUUAAAGUAUAACUGUACUGAUGAUGAAGAAGCUUUAGAAAUACUGAAUGCCCUUGAUGAUCGUCUUAAACAUGUAAUGGUUGGUGUUGUCAUGGCAACAAUUAGAUUGUUUUUUCACUUGACCGAGUCUAUGCCUGAGGUGUAUCAUGACGUGUUUGAAAGAGUCAAAACUCCUUUGCUGACUCUCCUUGGAUCUGGUCCUUCUGAAGUAAUCUAUGUUGUCCUCCAGCACAUUGAAAUAAUACUCUCACAAAACUCGACACUUUUCAGCUCUGACUAUCACAACUUUUAUUACAGGUUCAAUGACCCACCAUAUGUUAAACUUAAAAAGCUCGACCUAUUGACGCAGGUCAGCGAUGACUCAAAUUCAAAAGACAUAAUCCAAGAGUUGAGUGAGUGUGCUACUGAUGUCAAUGUGGGCGUGUCACAAAAGUCCAUACAUGCCAUUGGACUCAUAUCAGUCAAACUACCUGACAUUGCUAAUUAUUGUGUCGAUAGACUACUGGCUCUCAUUCCUAUGGAAAUUGAGCAUGUGACAUCAGAAGUCAUCACUACAAUGUCAAAUAUUUUGCGUAAAUAUGAAAACACACAUGAGCUGAUAUUGCCUCGUCUUAAUUCUUGUUAUGCAACAAUGACCAGCGGCAGUGGGCGUGGUUCAUUAAUAUGGAUACUAGGGGAGUAUGGAGAGUCAUUAGACGAAAGUCCUUAUAUUUUGGAAGACAUUAUCAACAAUAUCAGUGGAGAGUCCUCUCUUGAAGUUAAAUUACAGCUGUUAUCUGCAACGAUGAAAAUGUUUUUCAAAAGGCCACCAGAGUGCCAGGAAAUGCUUGGAAGGCUAUUAGAAUACUGCAUUGAGGAGGAGACUGAUAUGUUGUUGAGAGACAGAGCAUUGCUGUACUAUCGUUUAUUGAAGAAAGACGUUGCAGCUGCCAAGAAGAUUGUUUGUGGAUCACAGAAAGUUUAUUCACACCUGAGCACACACUCAAAGGGGUCUUUGUUUAGUGAGUUCAAUACAUUGUCUGUUGUCUAUGGGCAAUCAUCUGCUGAAUUUAUUCAUCAAUCAAUCCCAUACACUUCAUCUGCUGUGUUGAGGAGCCCAGAGAGGAGGAUGAAUGAAAUGGAUCAGUUAUUGAUCAGUAAAGAGGAGCCAGAAGAAUCUUUGUUAGAUAUUUUAGCGUCUAAAGAAAGUGUCAGUACAGUCCCUCACAUAUUACUCAACCCUACUCCAGUCAUAACAGCAUCAGAGUAUGAGCAAUACUGGAAAUCACUACCACUAGUCUCUCAGGAUAACUACCCCAUGAGGUACAUACCAAGUCUAAAGACACUUCAAGAUUUAUUAAGUAAAAGAUUUAUAACUACACUGGCAUGUAGCGGCGACUUGGCAGAUGUCAAGAAAAUGUAUUUAUAUGGCCAACAUGUGUCUACGUUGGAUCGGUUCUUGCUAGAAGUUGUCAUGGCGGCUAAUAAAAUGGAGGUUUUGCUUAAGUGUACUAAUGAUAAACUUUAUAAACAGUUUUUAUUGCAUUAUCUGGAAACAAUUAGUGAUUAUAUGUAGUUUAUUUUCUCCUGCUAGUUCCCUGUAUUAAUUGUCUGUAUGUUCGUUAGUCGGUUACUAAGAAACUGACACUCUUGUUGUCUCUGUCAUUUCUUCACUAGCCUGUAAAUUAGAGAUAAUUUUAGUAUUAUUAUUAUUAUUAAUAAUUUGUAUUAUUAUUAUUUUUGUUAUUAUUAUUAUUAUUGUUAAUACUUCGGUAGCUUUCUUGUCUUUUAUUAAUUUAUUCAUUAAUGAUCUUGGAAGAUUAUUUUUACACCAUCUCCA